CAGUCCGAACGUACGUACUGCGGCCAGCCGGCGGCCGGGCGUGUGGCUGUGCGAGUGGGCGUGAGAGGUGGUGACCCGACCUGACCUGACCUGACAGCACCCGAGCCGAGCCCGACAAACAGUGAGCCGUAUCAGCUGCGAACCAGCUCUGCCACAGACACCUACCAGUCUAAGGAGGUCUCCGUCCUAGCGUUUGGCGGCUGACCUGUGACGUCACCGAUCUCCAGCACCAGCUACCACCACCAGUGACCAGCACCAGCACCAGCCAUGGCUCCCAAGAAAACCGACCCCGCCGAGGACCCCGACCCCACCCCCUACCUGUACGUGUCCCUGGAGCAGAAGCGGCUCGACCAGAACAAGCCGUUCGACGCUAAGGUGGCCGCCUGGGUGCCGGACAAGGAGGAGGGCUUCGUGCAGGGCAAGAUCGUCGGCACCAAGGGCGACCUGGUCACCGUGGCCAUCCCCGGCGGAGACGAGAAGAGCAUCAAGAAGGAGCAGGUGCAACAGGUGAAUCCGCCCAAGUACGAGAAAUGCGAGGACAUGUCCAACCUGACCUACCUGAACGAUGCGUCGGUGCUGCACAACCUCAAACAGCGCUACUUCAUCAAACUCAUCUACACGUAUUCGGGUCUGUUCUGCGUGGCCAUCAAUCCGUACAAGCGGUUCCCCAUCUACACCAACCGAGCCAUCGCCAUCUACAAGGGCAAGAGGCGCAACGAGGUGCCGCCGCACAUCUUCGCCAUCUCGGACGGCGCCUACACGGACAUGAUGAACAACUCGGAGAACCAGUCGAUGCUGAUCACCGGCGAGUCCGGAGCAGGAAAGACGGAGAACACCAAAAAGGUCAUCGCCUACUUCGCAAAUGUCGGCGCAUCGGGCAAAAAGAAGGAGGAUGGCAAGGGUAACCUGGAGGACCAGGUCGUCCAGACCAACCCCGUGCUGGAGGCCUUCGGCAACGCCAAGACAGUGCGAAACGACAACUCGUCCCGCUUCGGUAAAUUCAUCCGGAUCCACUUCGGGCCGGCCGGCAAGCUGGCCGGCGCCGACAUCGAGACCUACCUGCUGGAGAAAGCGCGCGUCAUCUCGCAGCAGCCGCUGGAGCGCUCCUACCACAUGUUCUACCAGCUCAUGUCCGGCGCUGUCAAGGGACUCAAAGACAAGCUGUUCCUCAGCAACGACAUAAAGGAUUACCACUACGUGUCGCAGGGCAAAACGACCAUCCCGAACGUGGACGACGGCGAGGAAUUGCUGCUCACCGACGAGGCCUUCGACAUUCUCAACUUCUCUGCCGAGGAGAAGAUGAACAUCUACAAGAUCACGGCCACCGUGAUGCACCUGGGCGAGAUGAAGUUCCGCCAGAAGGGGCGCGAGGAGCAGGCAGAGGCCGAGGGCACGGAGGAGGGCGAGCGCGUGGCCAAGCUGGUCGGCGUCGACGGUCCGACGCUGUACCUGAACCUGCUGAAGCCCAAGAUCAAGGUCGGCAACGAGUUUGUCACCCAGGGCCGCAACAAGGACCAGGUGUACUACUCAGUUGGUGCCCUGGCCAAGGCCAUGUACGACCGCAUGUUCAAGUGGCUGGUCAAGAAGGUCAACCUCACCCUGGACACCAAGCAGAAGCGGCACCGCUUCAUUGGCGUCCUCGACAUCGCCGGCUUCGAGAUCUUCGACUUCAACGGCUUCGAACAGCUGUGCAUCAACUUCACCAACGAGAAGCUUCAGCAGUUCUUCAACCACCACAUGUUCGUGCUGGAGCAGGAGGAGUACAAGCGGGAGGGCAUCAACUGGGUCUUCAUGGACUUCGGCAUGGACCUGCAGGCGUGCAUCGACCUCAUGGAGAAGCCGAUGGGCGUCCUCUCCAUCCUGGAGGAGGAGAGCAUGUUCCCCAAGGCCACCGACAAGACGUUCGAGGAGAAGCUGAAGAACAACCACCUGGGCAAGUCGUCCUGCUUCAUCAAGCCCAAGCCGCCCAAGCAGGGCCAGGCUGAGGCGCACUUCGCCAUCGUGCACUACGCCGGAACGGUGGCGUACAACCUGAUCGGCUGGCUGGAGAAGAACAAGGACCCGCUCAACGACACGGUCGUCGACCAGUUCAAGAAGGGCUCCAACAUGCUGGCGCAGGAGAUCUUCGCCGACCACCCGGGACAGUCGGGCGGCCAGGACGCCGGUGGAAAGGGCGCCAAGCGUCAGAAGGGCUCGGCAUUCCAGACCGUCUCGGCCAUGUACCGGGAGCAGCUCAACAACCUGAUGGUGACGCUGCGGGCCACUCAGCCGCACUUCAUCCGCUGCAUCAUUCCCAACGAGACCAAAUCGCCCGGUGUGAUCGACUCCCACCUGGUGAUGCACCAGCUCACCUGUAACGGUGUGCUCGAGGGCAUCCGUAUCUGCCGCAAGGGCUUCCCCAACCGCAUGGUCUACGCCGACUUCAAGCACCGUUACAUAGUGCUGGCUCCCGCCAUCAUGAAAAAACACGACGACGACAAGGACGCCACCAGGGCCUGCCUAGAGACUAUCGAAAUGGACCCGGAGAAGUUCCGGCUGGGCCACACCAAGGUCUUCUUCCGCGCUGGAGUCCUCGGCCAGAUGGAGGAGCUGCGAGACGAGCGGCUCUCAAAGAUCUUCAGCUGGCUCCAGUCGUGGGUGCGCGGCUACUUCACCAGGAAGGAGUUCAAGAAGCUGCAGAAGCAGAGGCUGGCGCUCCAGGUGGUUCAGCGCAACCUGCGCAAGUACAUGCAGCUGCGCAACUGGAUGUGGUUCAAGCUGUGGCAGAAGAUCAAGCCCAUGCUCAACGUCACACGCAUCGAGGACGAGAUGCGCGCGCUCGAGGCCAAGGCCGAGAAGGCGCUCUCGGCCAUCGAGAAGGAGGAGAAGCUGCGGAAGCAGCUGGACGACCAGAACGCCCGGCUGACUAAGGAGCGCGACGAGCUGCUGUCCGCCCUCGACGAGGAGAAGGGCAGCAUCAGCGACUACCACGCCAAGCAGCAGAAGCUGCAGGCGCAGAAGAAGCAGCUGGAGAAGCAGCUGCAGGAGACCCAGGACCGCCUCUCCGAGGAAGAGGAGGCCCGCGAGGCGCUGAACCAGGCCAAGAAGAAGCUGGACCAGGAGAUGAGCCGAAUCAAGAAGGAGCUGGAGGACUACGAGCUGACCAUCCAGAAGGCGGAGCAGGACAAGGCCACCAAGGACCACCAGAUCCGCAACCUGCAGGACGAGGUGGCCCACCAGCAGGAGCUCAUCGCAAAACUCAACAAGGAGAAGAAGCAGCUCCAGGAGAACCAGCAGAAGACCUCGGAGGACCUGCAAUGCCAGGAGGACCGCGUCAACCACCUGAACAAGGUGAAGGCCAAGCUGGAGCGCUCGCUGGACGAGCUGGAGGACUCGGUGGAGCGCGAGAAGAAGCUGCGCGCCGACGUUGAGAAGAACAAGCGGAAGGUCGAGGGCGACCUGAAGCUGACCCAGGAGGCUGUGGCCGACCUGGAGCGCAACAAAAAAGAACUCGAGCAGACCAUCGCGCGCAAGGACAAGGAGAUCGCCUCGCUGUCCGCCAAGCUGGAGGACGAGCAGGCGCUGGUCAACAAGCUGCAGAAGCAGAUCAAGGAGCUGCAGGCGCGCAUCGAGGAGCUCGAGGAAGAGCUGGAGGCCGAGCGGCACGCGCGCGCCAAGGCCGAGAAGCAGCGCUCCGACCUGGCCCGCGAGCUGGAGGAGCUCGGCGAGCGACUGGACGAGGCCGGCGGCGCCACCGCCGCCCAGAUCGAGCUCAACAAGAAACGGGAGGCCGAGCUGGCCAAGCUGCGCAGGGACAUCGAGGAACAGAACAUUCAGAACGAGUCGGCGCUGGCGGGAAUGCGCCGACGCCACAACGAUGCCGUGAACGAGAUGUCCGACCAGAUCGACCAGCUCAACAAGAUGAAAGCCAAGGCCGAGAAGGACCGCGAGGCCUCGGCCGCAGAGGUGAUGGACCUCCGCUCCGGGCUGGAUUUCGCCACGACCGAGAAGUCGGCCGCCGAGAAGGCCAACCGUGUGCUGGAGCAGCAGACGGCCGAGGCGUCCGCCAAACUGGACGAGGCCAACCGAGCGCUCAACGACUUCGAGGCCGCCAAAAAGAAACUGGCCAUGGAGAACGCCGACUACACCCGACAGUUGGAGGAGGCCGAACAGAACAUUGCGCAGCUCUCCAAGAUGAAGGUGUCACUGACCACACAGCUCGAGGACACCCGCAAAAUGGCCGACGAGGAGUCGCGCGAGAAGUCUGGAAUUCUGGGCAAAUACCGCGCGCUGGAGCACGAGAUGGACUGCCUGCGGGAACAGGUGGAGGAAGAGGCGGAGCAUAAGGCCGAGCUACAGCGACAGCUCAGCAAAAUCAACGCCGAGGCGCAGAUGUGGAAGCAGAAGUACGAGCAGGACGGCCUGGCCCGGGUGGAGGAGCUGGACGACCAGCGCAGCAAGCUGGCGCUGCGCCUCCAGGAGGCCGAGGAGCAGCUCGAGUCGCUCAACGCCAAGAACAGCCAGCUGGAGAAGCUGAAGCAGCGCCUGAGCGGCGAGCUCGAGGACAUGCACAUGGAGGUGGACCGGGCCCAGCAGCUGGCGCUGGCCAUGGAGAAGAAGGCCCGCAACUUCGACAAGGUGGUGGCUGAGUGGAAGCUGAAGGUGGAGGACCUCUCCACCGAGCUGGACGCCUCGCAGAAGGAGUGCCGCAACUACAGCACCGAGCUGUUCCGCGUCAAGGCCGCCUACGAGGAGUCGCAGGAGCAGCUCGACUCGAUCCGCCGAGAGAACAAGAACCUCUCCGACGAGAUUAAGGACCUGAUGGACCAGAUCGGCGAGGGCGGCCGCCACAUCCACGAGGCAGAGAAGGCGCGGAAGCGGCUGGAGGUGGAGAAGGAGGAGCUGCAGUCGGCCCUGGAGGAGGCCGAGGCCGCCCUCGAACAGGAGGAAAACAAGGUCCUGCGGGGUCAGCUGGAGCUGCAGCAGGUUCAGCAGGAGACCGAACGACGGGUGGCUGAAAAGGAGGAGGAGUUCGAAAACACACGGAAGACGCACCAGCGCGCCCUGGACUCGAUGCAGGCGUCGCUGGAGGCCGAGGCCAAGGGCCGCGCCGAGGCCAUGCGCAUGAAGAAGAAACUGGAGCAGGAUAUCAACGAGCUGGAGAUCGCGCUGGACCAGGCCAACAAGGCCAACGCCGAGGCGCAGAAGACGAUCCGGCGCUACCAGGCCGAGAUCAUCGAGCUGCAGGCCCGUCUGGAGGAGGAGGUGCGCAUGCGCGACGACCUGCGGGAACAGCUGGGCACCUCGGAGCGGCGCGGCAACGCGCUCAGCGGCGAGCUGGAGGAGAGCCGCACCCUGCUGGAGCAGGCCGAUCGCGCCCGGCGCCAGGCGGAGCUGGACCUCACAGACGGCCAGGACCAGCUCUCCGAACUGCAGGCCAACUACACGGCCGCCACCCUGGCCAAGCGGAAGCUGGAGGGCGAGGUGCAGUCUCUGCACACCGACCUCGACGACAUGCUCAACGAGGCAAAGAGCUCCGAGGAGAAGGCCAAGAAGGCCAUGGUGGACGCCGCCAGGCUGGCUGACGAGCUGCGAGCCGAACAGGAGCACUCCCUCUCGCAGCUCAAACUCUGCAAGAGUCUGGAAGUGCAGAUCAAGGACCUGCAGGCGCGCGUCGAGGACGCCGAGCAGAACGCCAUCAAAGCGAGUCGCAAGAUCAUCGCCAAGCUGGAGGACCGGGUGCGGACUGUGGAGCAGGAGCUGGACAGCGAACAGCGCCGCCACAGCGAGGCCCAGAAGAACCUGCGCAAGACCGAGCGGCGCAUCAAGGAGCUCAGCUUCCAGACGGAGGAAGACAAAAAGAACCACCAGCGCAUGCAGGACCUGGUCGACUCGCUGCAGCAGAAGAUCAAGACGUACAAGCGUCAGAUCGAGGAGGCCGAGGAGAUCGCCGCGCUCAAUCUCGCCAAGUUCCGCAAGUCGCAGCAGGAGCUGGAGGAGACCGAGGAGCGCUGCGAGAUGGCCGAGGCCACGCUCUCCAAGUUCCGCGCGCGCGGCGGCCGGGGGAUGUCGCCCAUCCGCGGCCAGAGCCCGAUGCCCAUGUAAACAGCAGACCGACUUCGCACGACCGCCGGUUCCCGCUGGUCCGACCUGUCGGCGGCCCCCAGCCGAGAGAACGGACGACCGGGAGACCGGCCGGCAGACGGACAGACGGACAGACGGACAGACGGACAGACAGACUGCGCGACACGUCACCGCCGGAGAGCCAGCCCCGGCGGCGGCGGCCCGGCGGGAACACAGGACGGCCGCCGCCGGCAGACGGACGGCCGCCGCCGGAAACACAGGACGGCCGCCGCCGGAAACACAGGACGGCCGCCGCCGGAAACACAGGACGGCCGCCGCCGGCAGACGGCCAGGCCGCCGCGCCCGGCUGCCGAGCCGGCUGCGCGGCCAUCGGCGCCACCGACCCACUGUGUGACGGCACCGACCCACUGUACUGCGAGCCGCUAACGGAAUACACGCUAUCAGAGCUGUG